AUGCCGAGCGAGGUGCUGGAAUCCCACUUCAUCGAGACGCACAACGCGAACCAAGGGAAGCAGACGCUUAAGAAGAGGCUAAGCUGUGCGAAGUCCCUCAUCGUGCUCGCGCAGGAAAUAGGGUACCACGACUGGGAGUGCGAGGCUCUCUGCCCCUGGUGCACCAGCCGCAAGUGGAACGUCAUGGUCGUUCCAGGCCCCCCUACGGCAGGCAAGCCCCCCGCGGCGGGUCUGGCCAUUUUUGCGCGCGAAGGCAUCGGGCUACGUGGACCUACUUACCCUGCGUCGAGCCCUGCAGCACGGAGGUCCACUAUCAACGAGCAGAUCUCGUUUGGCAGCGAGCUGGUACCGUUUCGCGCCCAACAUGCAGCGGUGGAAGUUCCUGGGUGGCCGACGCUCAACAUUCGCAACAUCUACCUGCGCACGGGCGAGGGCAUGUUCUUGAAGAACGCCAAGAUCCUCAUGAACGUGGGGCUGGCGCUGGCAGGGCAGCCGAACCCGUCCAUCAUAGGUGGUGAUUGGAACAUGACGGCGGCGGAGGUCGAGGCAUCGUCAUUCACGGUUAACGCCCAGGUCCCGCUGCUGGUGCCUAAGUCAAUCACAUGCAGGAGGGCGACGGCCAACUCGGUGAUCGACUAUUUCGCUCUCACCUCGGGAGCCAUUAGGCUCGUCAAGGCCGUCCAAGCGGACAUGAAAUGGGCAAUCAAACCACAUCGGUCACAGCUGAUGUAUCUCACCUACGUGGGCGGUGGCAAGAUCGCGGCGACCAAGCAAGUGGGGCCCAUGCUGCAGGAUGAGCACGACUGGCAGCUCGAAAGAAGUUACGCUGAGGGUGCCGCGGAGAUGGCCUUGUCUGGCUCGGUGGGGUCUGCCUGGCGACUGCUGUCUACCGCAUGGGCUCGGUUUGCUGUGCAAGCGGCGAUCAGACUUGGGCAUCUCACGGGCGCGCCAAUCCAGGCGCACUCGUACGGCGGCUACUUGCGACCGAAGUGGGUCUACUACAUGUAUGAAGGGUCGGAUCAAGAAGGCAUUCAGGCUGGGGCUGAUGGCUGGAAGCGGUAUGAGAACGCGCUCUCAGCGAUCGCGAAGCUCCAGGCCCACCGGCCCUCAGUCGAUGUGAACAAACUGCAAGAUGAGAUCCACGGUUUCGUCACUACCGACUACGCUGGGCAAGGAGUCAGUCAGCGUCUGGAUGCUGUAGUGGCUCACGCUCGGCGGGCACCUGCGGCACCGAGUACCUCAGCGCAGGACCUCACCAACAUGAUUGAAGAGGCGGCGGAGGACACCGGCACGGCCAAGCAAGCAGCGGAUCGUGACAGUGCCCAACGUUGGAAGCAAUGGUGCGAUGGAGCCAGUGAAAAUGGAGCUGGACGGCUACACCGAGUGACGAAGUACCAGGACGUUCCGGCACCCACGAUCGCCAGCGGCCAACCUGACCAGUCGGCGAUUGACAGUGCCUGGAAGCUGUCGGCGCGGGCUGAAGCGUGUGUAUCGAGGUUCAGGCAUACGGCUACCCUCAUCGCGGACUACGGCAAGUACGAUGGAACGAUCGAACUGGUUCAGGAAGUUGUGCCGUCUGGGUGCGAAGGAGAUGGAUAUGCAGACAUUGUCAUCAAGGCUCACGCCGUUGAGGAGUAUGACGCCUACACCGCGCUGCACCAGUACAUCUCCUUCUCGUCCUACAACGACGACACUGGCGUCGGCGUGGAGGGCGACGCCAAAGAGGAGGUGGUCCAGAAGGCGAUCAGAGCAGGGCGUGGCUUUCGGGAGGUGGCGAGUAAGCUGCAGGCGUCCAUCAACGACAAGUUCGCCAUCGUGAGCAGCUCAGAUGACAUCAGCAAGCAGAUCGCAGAGGGCUUAAAAGUGCAGAACCAGUCGGUCAAGCCAGCAGUAUCAUUCCUGGGCACCGACUUCCCUGGGGGAAAGAGGCGCGGCACGCGAGGCAAGUACAAAGCUAGAGCCCGUCGUCAUCAACAAAGGCUCCGCCAACUCAGCAAAUUUCGGAAGGUGAUCCCGACGAAGGCGGCGGAGCGCAUAUCGCGCAUCUACAGGACGGGGGCCAAGCCUGCGCUCAUCUUUGGAGUGGAAAUCAACGGCAUGAGUGACAGCGAGCUCGCUAAGUUUCGAAAGACCUGCCAGAGCCAGCGCAAGCCUUACCAUGGGGGAGCGUCAGCAUCGGCAAAGCUUGUGCUGCUUGGAGAUCCAGCGGUACAUGAAGCGCUGGCUCCCGCCCUCCAGUGGUGCCGCAUGUGCUGGAUCGCCAACCACUGCCCUCAGGCCGCCACCGUCGACUUCAGCGAGCUGAUUCAGUGGUGGGACAAUGCAGUGACGGACCCCUCGCUGCGAGUAUCCUUCGACCUCGUGCCCCCCUACAUCAGGCUCAACAGCAGGAAGUUCAACACCCACCAUAAGUUCUGCAUCAUGAGCUGCGCAUGCGAUGGCAUCUGGACACGAUCGCGGGCCAGAAGCAGGGGCUACACCACCGACGGCAAGUGCAAGUGCGGCGAGGAUAUGGUACAGCUCGCGGUGCCUUUAGACACGGAGGAGAUCGAGUUUGCCAUCGACGGGUCGUGCACCAAACCGGCGCUACUUGAGCUGCAGCGGACAGGAUGGGCGACGGUGCUGCUCGACCCCCUAGGCACGGAGGCGCUGCGAGUGAUGUACGCGGCGGUGCCAGCUAGCCUGCCGCAGACCUCGGCCAUGGCCGAGUACCUCGCCUUCGCCUUCUCGUGUCAGGCGGCUGACCGACUUACGACGCUGCACACGGACUUCAAGGGGACGAUCAACCAGUUCAACAAGUCGGCGCAGCAGCAGGUGCAGGUCACGCAGCGGUAUGGCGGCGUCUUUGGCUUUGCCCAGAGCUUGCCUGGGCUCGCACACGUGAAAGCGGUGCGACACGGCAAGGCUCACAGAUCUGGGGAAGACUACGUCAACCUUGAUGCCGAGACCAAGCGCAUCACAGAUGGCAACAUCGCGGCGGAUCACUACGCGGCAAAAGGAGCUGGACGGCAUGAGGCUAUCACUGGCGAGCUCAAUGAACGGCUAGAGCAGCACCAGCUUCUGUGUAAGGACACCACUAAGUUUAUAGCGCACAUCGUGCCCAUUUUUGACCAAGAGGAAGAGCGGUGGCAGAGGAACAGCACAGGCUACAAGCGCAUCAAGAGCAUCAGGACUGACAACUGGCACGACUGGCAGGACACGGACCUCGGUCAGCAGUGCACGCGUUGUCUACGCCUACGGCAGCCUGGCUAUGAUCAGCUGAAUGGGUGCGCUGGGACGCCGUCUUUUCUCAAAGAACACAUAGCGAACACCUUGGGUCACAGGUUGGUGGCUGUCGACCAGAAGGGCGACCUCAGUGACAUGACAUGCAAGGCGACAGUCUUCGUAUGCAUCAAGUGCGGGGCCUGGGCGCAGCAGAGGAGGAAGCUAAAGUUGCGUGAACAGUGCACCUGGCCGACGAACAAAGGCAUUCAGGUCCUAAGCAACUUGCGGAAGAGCACCGGGCCGCACAAGAAGUUGGCCAAGCACAUCGAAGCCAGCAUGCCUCUGCAACAUCGAGGCCCACAGCAACUUCAGCCUGAAAAGGUGGUUACUCGAGUCGCUCGACCUGCACCCGACGGCCCAUAUGACUCCGAGCAGCGCAUGGCCAGGUUGCACGAGAGAAUCCGCGCCAAGGAGGUGGCGAGGAAGCAGCAGGCUGAGGACGCGAAUACCAUGCUGGGUAACAGUGACAUCAUGAAGAGAUCCACCAGGACGAUGGCAGGUGGAAGCUCACCGACGGGAAUGGGACUUCCACCUUCUGGGCUGGUUGAUUGCCGAGCCGUCGAGGACUACGUGGACAUGCGAGCGGACCUCAGAGACUGGGCGGCGUUGUGGUUCGAGGGUUACACGAGGCUGGCAAGUAACAGUGGGCCGUGGCAGGAGUGGCGCGUUGCGUUCGUCGCCGAGAUGUUCAAUCAAGGCGCGAGGCCUUCAUUCAUUGGCUGCGGCAAGUUCCACCUGAAGAGCGAGUGCGUCUUGAGCGUCAACACAUGCAGGCUCUUGCGGAAGUACGGAAUAUGUCCAGGCGGCUAUUGGGAGACCGCGCCCCAGACCGACUUAGGCCACCACCUCCGCGGAGACCUGUACCUGAUGAUGACCAGGACGUGGACCGAGCAGUUUCUCUUCAGCAGCGUAUCGGAUGGCUUGCAGCAGAUGGGCAGAAUAGGGUCGGUGCCAGGACCUAUGGCCCAUCGCAUUGCGCAAGCCAUGGAAGGCAACGAUGGCCAGCAGUCUGGCGGCAGCGCCGACAGCUACUUCGGCGGCGAGCUCGCGUCCGCGGCGCAGGCUGGCUGGCAAGACUACGGUGCGAGUUUCCCCUGCCAGGCGAGGGGGUAUGCCUGA